AUGAACAUUAAGUCUGACACCGACUUUGAGUGGACCAAGCAGACACGUACUUACUUUAUGGACGAUCUGGACAAGUGCGUCAUCUCGAUCACGGAUGUCGACUUUGAAUAUCAGAAUGAGUUCCUUGGCUGCACUGAACGUCUCGUCAUUACACCAUUGACGGAUCGCUGUUACAUUACUCUGGCUCAGGCGUUGAACAUGAAUCUUGGCGGGGCUCCAGCUGGUCCGGCAGGCACAGGAAAGACGGAAACAGACAUGGGACGUUGCCUUGGAAAGUAUGUGGUCGUUUUCAACUGCUCUGAUCAGAUGGACUUUCGUGGUCUUGGUCGAAUUUUCAAGGGUCUUGCACAGUCCGGCACAUGGGGCUGUUUCGACGAGUUCAAUCGGAUCGAGUUGCCCGUCCUCUCGGUUGCCGCCCAACAAAUUGCCAUCAUUCUUUACGCCAAACGGGAUGGUCGAACUCAAUUCAUCUUCAUGGACGGUGACAAUGUAGACAUGAACCCGGAGUUUGGUAUCUUCCUUACUAUGGUAGGCAGCACUGGUAAUAUAGUGUUUUAG